UGAGUGGGGAUGGGGCCCGGACAUUGGGGUCCCCUCUGAGGAGAUGCUGCGGCGGGUUUUGGGGGGCCGGCGAGGGGGGGCUUUGCCCCCCCGUCCCCCUGCCCGGGCCGCCGCCGACCAGACCCCGCCUGACCUGGCCCGGGAACGCUCCAAAGCCGUCACCUCCUUCUACCACCAGCCUGCCAUCGAUGUCGCCGCCGAGAAGCCUUCGGUGCGUUUGACCCCCACCACCAUGUUGUACUCGGGGCGCUCGCAGGACGGCAGCCACAUACUGAAGAGCGCCCGCUAUCUCCAGCAAGAGCUGCCGGUGCGCAUCGCCCACCGCAUCAAGGGCUUCCGCAGCCUCCCCUUCAUCAUCGGCUGCAACCCCACCAUCCUCCACGUGCACGAGCUGUACAUCCGUGCCUUCCAGAAGCUCAGCGAGUUCCCGCCUAUCCAGGCGCAGGGCGACGAGGCGCGCUACUGCGCGCUGUUGCGGCAGCUGCUGGAGGACCACAAGGACGUAGUGACGCUGUUGGCCGAGGGGUUGCGCGAAUGUCGACGACACAUCCAGGACGAGCGGCUGCUGCGACCUUUCCUGGACAAGACGCUGACGUCGCGGCUGGGGAUGCGGAUGUUGGCUGCCCACCACCUGGCCCUGCACGAGGACAAGCCCGACUUCGUGGGCAUCAUCUGCACGCGCCUCUCCCCCAAAAAGCUCAUCGAGAAGUGGGUCGACUUUGCCCGGCGGCUGUGCGAGCACCAGUACGGGAACGCGCCGCGGGUGCGCAUCAACGGGCACGUGGCGGCGCGGUUCCCCUUCAUCCCCCUGCCCCUCGACUACGUCCUGCCCGAGCUGCUCAAGAACGCCAUGAGGGCGACGAUGGAGUCCCACCUCGACACCCCCUACAACGUCCCCGACAUCGUGGUGACCAUCGCCAACAACGACAUUGACCUCGUCAUCCGGAUCUCUGACCGGGGCGGUGGCAUCCCCCACGAUCUCCUGGACAAGGUGACCGAGUAUCACUUCAGCACGGCCGAGGCCAGCGCCCAGGACCCUCGCUUGGGAGGUCCCUUCCGCAACCUCCUGGACCUCAGCAACAGCGGCCAAGCCGGCCCCAUGCACGGGUUCGGAUUCGGGUUGCCCACCUCGAGGGCCUACGCCGAGUACUUGGGGGGCUCGCUCUGCCUGCAGUCGCUGCAGGGGGUGGGCACCGACGUCUACCUGCGCCUCCGCCACAUCGACGGCAAGGGGGAGAGCUUCCGAAUCUAGGUGGGGGGGCAGCGCGGACGCCCGCGUUCCCGCUGCCCCACCACCCCAGACGCCUGGGUCCUGGAGACCCCCCGUGUUGGACGUUCAGCAUCGUGGAGAUCAAAGUGCUCCUGGAGAACCCCCCCGCGUUGGAUGUUCAUCAUCGUGGAGGUCAAAGUGGACCUGGAGAACCCCCCCACGUUGGAUGUUCAUCAUCGUGGAGAUCAAAGUGGACCUGGAGAACCCCCCCGCGUUGGAUGUUCAUCAUCGUGGAGGUCAAAGUGCUCCUGGAGACCCCCCCCAUGUUGGACGUUCAUCAUCGUGGAGGUCAAAGUGCUCCUGGAGAACCCCCCCGUGUUGGACGUUCAUCAUCGUGGAGGUCAAAGUGCUCCUGGAGACCCCCCCCAUGUUGGACGUUCAGCAUCGUGGAGGUCAAAGUGCUGCUGGAGAACCCCCCCAUGUUGGACGUUCAUCAUCGUGGAGGUCAAAGUGCUCCUGGAGAACCCCCCCGUGUUGGACGUUCAGCAUCAUGGAGAUCAAAGUGCUCCUGGAGAACCCCGCCACAUUGGACGUUCAUCAUCGUGGAGGUCAAAGUGGACCUGGAGAACCCCACCACGUUGGACGUUCAUCAUCGUGGAGGUCAAAGUGGACCUGGAGAACCCCCCCCGUGUUGGACGUUCAUCAUCGUGGAGGUCAAAGUGCUCCUGGAGAACCCCCCCGUGUUGGACGUUCAUCAUCGUGGAGGUCAAAGUGGACCUGGAGAACCCCCCCAUGUUGGACGUUCAGCAUCGUGGAGGUCAAAGUGCUCCUGGAGAACCCCCCCUGUGUUGGACGUUCAUCAUCAUGGAGAUCAAAGUGCUCCUGGAGAACCCCCCCAUGUUGGACGUUCAUCAUCGUGGAGGUCAAAGUGGACCUGGAGAACCCCCCCCCCGUGUUGGACGUUCAGCAUCGUGGAGGUCAAAGUGCUCCUGGAGAACCUCCUCUCCGUGUUGGAUGUUGAUCAUCAUGGAGGUCAAGGUGGACCUGGAGAAACCGCCCAUGUUGGAUGUUGAUCAUCAUGGAGGUCAAAGUGCUCCUGGAGACCACCCCGCCACGUUGGACGUUCAUCGUCACGGAGGUCAGGGUGCUCCUGGACACUGGGGUCCCUCGCUUGGACAUUGGGGUGCCCACCCCACCCACCGGGGGACAUUGGGGUUCCUGACCUCUCCCCACCCUGUUUGGCUUCGUUAGGCCCCCCCCCUCGUUACCGGAGCGGGGCGCCACCCUCAUUAAAGCUGCAGCUGGUGCCGA